AUGUUACGCUUGGCAAGUGCAUUGAUAAAUCAAAAAAAUGUUCGGAAUGGUUUGACAUCACUAAUAAAUUGUCGCGCAAAGAAGACAUAUAUUGCAAAUUAUACUAUUAUCGAUCAUAAUUAUGAUGCAAUUGUUGUUGGAGCUGGUGGAGCAGGUUUACGAGCAGCAGCACGUCUAGGUGAAGGUGGCUUACGAGUGGCGGUCAUAACAAAAUUAUUUCCAACAAGAUCGCAUACUGUAGCUGCACAAGGAGGUAUUAAUGCAGCAAUUGGUAGUAUGAAUCCGGAUAACUGGAAAUGGCAUUUUUAUGACACUGUAAAAGGAAGUGAUUGGUUGGGUGAUCAAAAUGCUAUACAUUAUCUAACAAAAGAUGCUGUUCGAGCGGUAAUUGAAUUAGAAAAUUAUGGGAUGCCAUUCUCGAGAACAGCUGAAGGAAAAAUUUAUCAACGCUCAUUUGGUGGACAGAGUAAUAAUUAUGGAAAAGGAGGAGUUGCUAAACGUACAUGUGCUGUAGCAGACCGUACGGGUCAUUCAAUGCUUCAUACACUUUACGGCACAUCGUUACAAUUUCAUUGCGACUAUUAUAUCGAAUUUUUUGCGCUUGAUCUUCUUAUGAGUGAUAAACGAUGUAUUGGGAUAAUUGCGAUGAAUCUUGAAGAUGGAACAUUCCAUCGUUUCCGGGCACCAUUUACUGUCUUGGCAACAGGUGGCUUUGGACGAGCUUAUUUUAGUUGCACUACAGCACAUAGUACCACUGGUGAUGGUAAUGCAAUGGUCAUUCGUGCCGGUUUACAAACAACCGAUAUGGAAUUUAUCCAAUUCCAUCCAACCGGAAUUUAUGGUGUUGGUUGUCUGAUUACAGAAGGAUCACGAGGAGAAGGUGGUUACUUAGUAAAUAGUAAAGGUGAACGAUUCAUGAAAAAGUAUGCUCCAAAAGCAUUAGAUUUGGCAUCUCGAGAUGUUGUGUCCAGAGCAAUGACCAUUGAAAUAAUCGAAGGUCGAGGAGUUGGCAAAGAAAAUGACCAUAUAUACUUGCAGCUUCAUCAUAUCCCUGCAGAUUACUUGCAUAACAAAUUACCAGGAAUAAUGGAAACGGCCAAAAUAUUUGCUGGUGUUGAUGCGACUAAAGAACCAAUACCUGUAAUUCCAACGGUUCAUUACAAUAUGGGUGGAAUACCAACUGAUUAUAAAGGACAAGUAAUAACUUUUUCACAUAGUGAAGGUGAUCGAUUAGUCCCGGGAUUAUUUGCAUGUGGCGAAACUGCAGCACAUUCAGUACAUGGUGCUAAUCGACUUGGCGCUAAUUCUCUCCUUGAUACUGUUGUGUUUGGACGAGCUUGUGCUAAUAACAUAUUGGAACAAGCAAAACUAACCAACUUUAAGCUUCCGGAUUUACCGCCUAAUGCGGGUGAAGCUACGCUUGCUAACGUGGAUAAAAUGCGUUUUGCAAAAGGCGACAUCUAUACUGGUGCUUUAAGGUUAAAAAUGCAAAAAACAAUGCAAAAACAUGCUGCUGUCUUUCGACGAGGCGAUAUUCUACAGGAGGGCAUUAAGAAGAUGGAAAGUAUCUUUGGUGAACAAAAACAUCUGAAGACUUUGGAUCGUGGACUAAUUUGGAAUUCGGAUCUUAUUGAAACAUUAGAGCUGCAAAAUUUAUUGCUGUGUGCUAUGCAGACGAUCAGUGCAGCAGAAGCUCGAAAAGAAUCCAGAGGAGCUCAUGCUCGUGAUGAUUUUAAACAACGAAUAGAUGAAUUUGAUUAUUCUAUACCACUGGCAGGACAGAUAAAGAAACCAUUCAAAGAACACUGGCGUAAGCAUACAGUCAUUAGCCAAAAUCCGGAAACUGGAAAAGUUGCGCUAAGUUAUCGACCAGUGAUCGAUCAAACGCUGGACGAGAAUGAAGUGGAACCAAUACCACCAAUAAUUCGAAAAUACUAA